AUGGCGCGAUUCUGCGAGGCUGGCCAAAAUGCCAUGGCUCGAUUUUACCGCCGACGAAUUCUGCGCCUACUGAGCGUCCUCCUCAUCUUGCUGGUCCUCCUAUAUGUCCUGGUGGCAUACGAACCGGUUCAACUACCCCUGAUAAACCAUGCCUCGAAGAAGAUCCAAUACGACACAUAUCCCACUUACGAGUACACCUCGGUCUAUCGGCAGACAGCGGACCUGGCAUUCGAAAACGCUCUCGAUGAACGCCUGCGUGAGCUUCAACGCGAGACUCUCGCCCAACUCCCGCCCGAGCAGCAAAACCUCGCAACGAACCUCACCAUAUGGCAGGUUACAACCGCGGAGGACGCAGAAGGUCUGAAGCAGUGGACGGAGCAGUGGAAGAACAACAACCAGGACUGGUAUUACAGUCUGAUCACGUCGCCGCCGGCAGAGCUGUACAGCCACUUCGAAAGCAUACCUGAGAUUGCCGAAACGAACGACGUGUCGCAGCGGGUGAGGGAUGAUCUGACACGGUAUCUGCUGCUGUGGUGGCACGGCGGGCUCUACACGGAGGUCGAUACGUGGGACCGGAUGCCAAUGCGGGAUUGCCCGCCGGUGGUGGACGUCCUGCGAGGCCAGCAGCACGUCAGCUUGAUGGUUGGUAUCGAGAAGGAUGAGCCGUACCUCAGUGCCGAGCAGCUGCGGAACUGGCAUUGGACCAGGAGCUUCGGAUUCGGACUGCAAACGGUGUGGGCGCCGAUGAAGUUCGAUCCGAUUCUGAGGACGGCAAUCGUGCGGACUAUCAGCCAUGCCAGGACGCAGAACUCGAGGGCGAAAGAGUGGUGGCGGGGGUCGGUGGGAAAGUACAUGGCGAAGACGGAUGACUCCGGGGAGGUAUCUGGCAAGGGGAUGUUCACGGAUCUUGUGCUGGAGGUGCUCAGUGAGAAUCUCAAAGAAGAUCACAAGAUAAGAGAUAGAGCCGCUGGGCUCGAGAGGAGGGUUACGUGGAAGAAGUUUCGUGCUUUGAAAGAGCCGGUCUGGUUGGACCAGAGACAGCUGAAGGAAGGUAAGGAGAAAGACAUGAGGGGCCUGGCGGUCCUGCCGGUCACUUACUGGGCGAAUGGACAAAGUCACAGUAACUCUGGGGCCUACGAUCAGCUCAACGCGUGUGUAAACUGGGUCCCUGGCUACAGGCCAAAAUAG